AUGUGGAUUGCGCCCGACGCGACGCAGGCAGGACGCAGCAAGGAAGAGAGGAGGCCGGCAACCGACCCGCCGAGGAGAGCGAUCGCCCGCGUGCCAUCGAUAGACGCCGGCGGCGACGCGGGCGAGGACCCAAGAGCGCUGGUGUCGCUCCUCGAGCGCGUCCUGCAAAAGAUCUCGUCGAUCCCGGGGGCACUUGAAGCCAUCUCGUCGGAUCCAGCGCUCUUGUGCGAGCUGCAGCAACACGAGCUGCUCUUCUACCCGAGCAGCACGCCGACGCGAACGUCGCUGUCCGCGCUCGACAGCAACGUGGUACCUCUUGGUGAGUUGCAGUCGAGCCAACAAGAGCUGAUGGGCGACGACGAUGGCGACGACUUUCCUGUCGCCUUUGCGCCGCCGCAGCACAAGCCAGCGUCGUCGUCCAACGUCGCGAUCCCUGCAAUGGCGCUGCUGCCACCGCCGCCCAUGUCGGCUUCGCUUGCGUCCAACUCGCCGAGCUUCUCGAUGGGCAUGCUCAGCAUGUCGCCAGGUACGUACUCGCAGGACGGCGAACCGGUCUCUGCGCUCUGGCCACGCCAGCCCAACGAGUUUGCCUUUACGCAAGAGGACGAGAGCAAAGAAGACGAGCUCUACAAUGAAGUGCUUUGCUCGGACGACGACGACGACCACGAUGCGAGCAAGGUGUUUGAGAUGGACAUGGAAGAGGACGACGAUGCGCCGUUUUUGCACGAUGCGACCGCCGUCCUGCGCGACGAAGAGACGCUGCAAGACGACGACGAUGACGACGACGACGACGGGGACGACGCCGAGAUCCAGUACGAGACCAUGCGCCUGCGCAUCGUGCGCGAGAAGAACAAGACGGGCUUUGAGCCGAGCCAAGAGUGGGAAGCCCACGCCGGCGUGCUCCUCGGCGGGCAAUACAGCAUCCACGGGCUCAUUGGCGAGGCCGUGUUUAGCCAAACGUACAAGGCGACCGACACGCGGACGGGGCAGCUCGUGUGUCUCAAGGUCAUCAAGAACAACAAGGAGUACUUUGACCAAGGCCUCGACGAGAUCCGCGUCCUCGAGUACAUGCGCAACAGCGUCGACGACAUUGACGCCGUCCACGUCUUGCGCCUCCUCGACUGUUUUUACUACAAGGAGCACCUGAUCUUGGUCACCGAGCUCUUGCGCGACAACUUGUACGAAUUCUCGCGCCUCGUCCGGACGCAGCCGGACGCGUCCGCCCUCAGCGCGUACUUUACGCUGCCGCGGCUCAAGAAGAUUGCGCUCGAGUGUCUCGAGGCGCUUGCGUUUCUGCACCGCCAGCACAUUGUGCACUGCGACCUCAAGCCCGAGAACAUUGUCAUGAAGAGCGUUCAGAGAUGCGAGAUCAAGGUCAUCGACUUUGGCUCGGCGUCCUUUGUCUCGGACGAGCUCACGUUCUACGUCCAGUCGCGCUCGUACCGCGCGCCCGAGGUCAUUCUCGGCCGCCGCUACGAUGAAAAAGUCGAUGUGUGGUCGCUCGGGUGCAUCUUGGCCGAGCUCUACACGGGCCACGUGCUCUUUGCGAACGACUCGGUGGUCUCGCUCCUCGGACGCAUGAUGAGCAUCCUCGGCGCAUUCCCAACCUCGAUGCUGCGGUCGUCGCCGGACGUCGCCAAGUACUUCGACGCCGACUUUGUCUUGCGGUCGCCAGUGCCCCCGAAAACGUCGCUGUGGCACGUCCUCCACUGCGCCGACCACCUCUUCAUCGACUUUCUGCAGUCGCUCUUGACGGUCGACCCGAGUUUGCGCGUGACGGCGGCCGUCGCGAUCCAGCACCCGUGGCUCCAGACCAACGUCUUUGGCCGCCACUGA